CUAGGUACCUAUCCUAUCUCUGUGUGACCUUUAAAAUAUUUUAAUGAUAAGAAUAAAGUAGUUCUUUGUAUUCGGAGUUGUGUAAAUUUAGGUGACGUGUUCGAACCAAAAGGGUUUUUUUGCGGAAUCUUGGAAACUUUGAGUCUAGUGUAUGGAUUAUAUUUCUUCAAAAUUACGGAUUUUUUUUGCAUAAAGGUGUGAUGCAAAAUUCCUCUUCAAUGCACCAUGGAUGUUAAACCCAACUACUAUUCCAACCCAGCGUUUUGCCAGCAAAGCGAAUACUAUCAUCAAAAACGCGCUUUGAGCCCUCAAGGCAGCGUCAGACAAUCGCCCGUAGGAGCCCAAACCAGCCAUGUAGUUUUCGAUAAUUCUUUAAGCGAAAUUCAUGAUAAUCCUGAAGAAUUAGUCGACAACAUCGAAGAACAAGAAUUUUACGAAGAAGUCAUUGUUGAUAAUAACGGAUUUAUUAAAGGGAAGAAAUUUGUUGUGGUAGCUCAGAAUAAUGAGGGACAGAAGUAUAUUCAGUUGCCUCAGGAAGAACGAAAAGGAAGCAGAUAUGGAAGUACUCAACAAAUCCAUUACAAUUCACCAAAAAAUCCUCCACUCCAAAACCAAAACUCCAGAUAUGAAUACAUUCCAUUGCAGGAACAAGAUCCGAGAUGUAUGCCUGAUGCAUUAGCUCGAUCGACCCCUAAAAAAUCGCAGAUGCUCGAAGAACAUGUGGAAAUUGUUCCUGGAAUAGUUCAUAGAUAUGCAGUUAUAGAAGCUGAAGAGGAAACGGCAUUGACAAGCAAAAACGAAAAAUACGCUUUGGUUCCAGUCAACCAACUAAAUACAGUCAUUACAUCGCAAAACCAAAACAGGUAUGAAUACAUAAAAGAAUCUCCAGCACCCCCAAAAGUCCAUCAAGUUCCACAACAACAACCAAACAGAUACGAAUAUAUUCAAAACACGCCACCAAAAAAUAACUCUAGAUACGAAUACAUCCAGCAAUCUCCUCCAAAGGCCGUUGGAGGCAGAUACGAUUAUCCUCCUGCUCAAAGAAAUCCUCCCAGACCUGGCACAAACCCUAUAGCCACUCAAAAGCUACACGAACUACUUUCUACCCCUAAAAAGACCAAAAGACAAACCCCACAAAGGAUGAUGGUUUCUCCUCACACUUCACGCCGUACUACAGUUAACUCUCCACCAUUAUCACCCAUUACGAAGGACCCAUUCCAGACACCCAGAAACUCACCCCAAAGAACCAUUCGACCAUCGCUGAACUCAAAAGUCCAGCAAAAGCUCAACUACGCUAUUGGCUCCAAGCAAUUUAACAAUAAUCAAGAAAAACGACAACCAAACACCGCCAUAGUACCACCAAUGUGCUCCAGCCCGGUGCAAAGUAUUUACGGGGAAACAACUUAUUCGCAGAAAUCCGAAUCCUGGAUGAAUUUGAGCGUUAAAGGCAAUACGGCUUCAGGACAAGCUUUGGCCAUAGCCGCAUUUAUAAUGUUUAUGUGCGGCGUGGCCACCACUGGGUUGUGUUUUUAUAUGUUGUCUUUUAUGGGGAGGCCGUACUAUUUGGAUUUUGGUACUGUGGCCGGAUUCACCUGCGCUAUUAUGGGGAUUUUGGGGUUCCGGUCUAGGAAUGUUUAUUGGCUGCCCAAUAGGAACUAUCUUUCAGGUUACUUGAUUUUAAGUCUCUUUAGCAUCCUGACAUGCACAGGCCUAAUUUUACUGCUAGUCUACGAUCCAGAUCCGGGUACUCCUUUGGCUGACAUGACUUCGGCAGCAGUUUGUGGAUUCUCGGUGCUGACAUUGAUUUUGGCACUGACUGGAGUGGUAUCUAGUUACUGUUGCAAGUAUCCUCCUCCUGAUAAUAGAGUGCAACAUUGUUCACCUGGUUUGACAGUGUAGAGACUUGAAAAGUGCGUGAUAGAAUGGUAAAAUCUAGUGUAGGUUUGUAUACCACAACUGUGAGAAUACAUAUUUCAUAAUUUUCUUUUUCGAUAUAAAUUGCGAACAUUGUGAAAUUUGUAUUGAGAUAUGGGUUUUUGAUAACUUGUCUUAUGAAUUAACUACAAAGCAGGCUUUACGGCCUAGGUUCACAAAGAUACGAUCAUAAUAACCAUUCCAUUUAAGAAUAACAUUGUAAAUUUAUGUGAAAUUUUGUAAACUAUGUGUAGAAUUAAGAAUAAAUUUAAUUUUUUAUUGAAUAUUGAAUAUGUUGUAGUCUUUUCCAAAGAGUGCCUUCUGAGUAUAGGUAAUCAUUAGUAGAUAUACAGACUCCAUUUGUUUCAAGCUACAAACAUCUAAUUGUUCUUAAAACAAAUGGAAUAGUACUUUUUUUUUAUAAUAACCGCUUUUACAUAAAAAUUACAACCAAAGAUAAAAUGCGUUACGCCUUAGUCAUACAAUGAAUAAUGAAAUUUUGAAAAAAUUAGCCUUAUUACAGUUUUUAUAGUACUUAAUUAUUGAUUGUAAGAUUUUAUUAUAUUGAUUUAAAUAUUUAUAACGUUA